GGGCGACCUGAGCGACAGCGCGGGUGUGAGAAUGUCUCUGUACCGGAACUCAGCAUGGUUCCUCAAAGGACUCACCGAAUUCACCAAGGGGGCAUUUCUGUCAGCGUCUAAAAACUUUGUUGAGAAGGACCUAGAGACGUCAGUGGCGGGCCGAUCCUUCAUGAUCACUGGAGCGAACAGUGGGAUCGGGAAAGCCACUGCCAUGGCCAUCGCCAAGAAAGGUGGUACCAUCCACAUGGUCUGCAGGAACAAGGACAAAGCAGAAGAAGCCAGGGCAGAGAUGGUCAAGGAGUCUGGAAACAAAGAAAUCUAUGUGCAUAUUUUGGAUCUUACUGAGACCAAGAAGGUGUGGGAGUUUGCAGAGUCUUUUAAGAAAAAGUACAAAACUCUCAACGUCCUGAUCAAUAAUGCCGGCUGUAUGAUGACUAAGAGGGAGGUGAAUGGUGAGGGUUUGGAGAAAAGCUUUGCAAGCAACUCUCUGGCCGUGUACAUCCUCAUCAAGUGCCUCAUUCCUCUGCUGGAGAAGAGCCCUGACCCCAGAGUGAUCACAGUAUCAUCCGGUGGGAUGCUGGUGCAGAAACUGCGAACGGGAAACCUGCAGUCUCAGAGAGGCAGAUAUGACGGCACUAUGGUGUACGCACAGAACAAGAGGCAGCAGGUGGUGAUGACGGAGCAGUUUGCUAAAGCUCACCCCAACAUCCACUUCUCUGUGAUGCACCCUGGAUGGGUCGACACGCCGACCAUUGCGAAUGCGAUGCCUGAUUUCCACAGCUCUAUGAAGGAGCGUUUGCGGACACCGGAGCAAGGGGCCGAUACGGUCGUGUGGCUCGCUGUCUCUGAGGCGGGUGUCAAGAAUCCCAGCGGGCAUUUUUUUCAGGAUCGGCAGAUGGUGUCGGCUCAUCUUCCCUUGGCCUGGACGCGCAGUUCACAGCUGGAAGAUCAGAAAUUCAUGAGCGUCAUGGAGGAUCUGGCCAAAAGUUUCCAGCCUCACUAAAGAAACUCGCAUGAAACACAACUGCAUCACAAAUAGAUGGAGAACACUAACUAAUACACAAUAUAUUUUAACAGUUUAGACACAUUAGCCUCACCCAUUAAGCCGUGUGAAUGUACUCACAGUGUCUCACAACAGACUUUUAGCUGUAGAUUAAAUGUCCUCCAGAACUCAGAAAGUUUGAAGGUGUGAACGACUGUUAUGCUCAAUAAAUGCUUAAAUAUGUUUGUCUUUUACCUCA